AUUUUGAUAUAAAAGUCAAAAUAGUUUUUUCAUAUUUGUUUUUUUUGUGGUGAAUGUUUUAUGUUUUGAUAUAUAAACUCUGGGCAAACGAGUGGUGUAUAUAAAUCACUGACUAAUUAUGGUUAACGACAGGGCAGCCAAUCUGGAACUGGAACACAUCGACACUACCAGUCCUAAUCGUCUCCACGAGAGGAAUGGUGUGAGACGUCCGCAGACAUCACUAUUCGGACGAUUCCUAUUCCAACGCCUAUUAAUACUAUCACUCAUAAGACUAAUCAUAUAUUUAAAUAAAUUAUAUCAAGACUGCAAUGCCGUCAAUACAUACUAUUCCGAUCAUGACUUCUAUUUCUGUAUUAUAUCCGUUGUUUCGCUCUUAAGUCCGCCAAUUGUUUACGCCUUUUAUCUCAUUGGAGACACUCUUGUGAAGGAAACUCACGUCAACCGCAAGGAUGUCAGCACUAAGACUGUCAACGGAUUGCUACUCAUUCCCUGGCAGAUCAAG